UGAGGUUUUGGGUUGGUUGUUGCCUAGCCAGGAAGCUGGGCUGUUUUGUUGCAUGGCUGUGACCCUCUGGCACCACUGUGAGGGACAGCUCUCAGAUUGGCAAGAACCAUCUGCACGGAGAGAGGGUUUCUAGAUUAAAUUCUGGUUGAUGUAUUCGUGUACUUGGCAAUGACUCAGUAGAGCAGGCCUGGGCACUCAGAAAUAUUACUACUGCUUGAGUUUCAUUGCAAAACGUUUUCUGGAUUUUAUUUCCCCCUCCACCACAACUUGUUCGCCCUUUCUCUCAUCGAAAUUUAAAAUGCAGCCCCUUGCUUCCAGGGGCAAAGAUUAAGGUAUUUUUUCUAGGCGCUUCCUUGGUUGAGCCCAGCUUUGUUUCCUUGUGGUUCUGCUGGGGGAGGAGAGGUGGGAAAACUGCCUGUUGGGUCUCGGUAGCUCACCUGUGCGUCACCUGUCCCGAGACCUCAUCUAAGUUAGAAUGGGAACAAGCUGGUGGGUAUCUGCAGAAAAAGAGCAGCCAAGUAUGUAGGGAAGAGAGUCCUUGGUGCACAGUCUGACUUCUGUGCAGCAGAGAGCCUGCCCUACCCUCUAUAAAAAGCACAAUUAAAUUAAAGCAGUUGUGUUCUGCCACAGCCGCCUGGUGGGAUCAGUGAGGGCACCAUCUAGGCCUAAAGACUUGCUUUGUGAAUAAAUAUAAGUCGAAGACAAAGCUUGGCCUGUUUUACAGUAAGGGUUAUGUGAUGUCAGGGCAGCACUGGUGGCAGAUGACAUGGCUUGGCUUGUCACUUCUCAUCCAGGCUUCUGAAUGUAUUCACUUCCAUACUUUGUUUAAGUCUCCCUGAAUUAUUUUGGAAUCAAAGAUCCCACCUUUUCCAUUUUUGGUGGAAGCAAAAGGAGGUGCUCCUUUAAAUGAAAAGGUGAUGUUUUGCAUAGCUAGGAAGGGGGUUUCCUUGUAGGCAAAAAGAUGUAAUGGGGCUGUGAAACUUGUUUGGAAAGGCACUGAGGCCAAGGAGUAGUCCUGGACAGUCUUGUCUGUCCUCCAUAAAAUGUGUGUUUAAUGUCAGCAGUUUUCCCAAGACACAUGGACACGGUCGAGGUGAUCUCAGCUGUGGAAUUGUAACUGGGACAGCCAGUGCUUACUCGUUAUAAACACCACCGGCCUGUAAAACAUUGCUGUGUUCUCUCAUGAGGUAUAUGUCACAAGGAAAACAUGCAGAAGCAAGAGAACUAAUGUAUUCAGGGGCUUUGCUGUUCUUCAGUCAUAAUCAGCAAAACAGUGCCGCUGAUCUGUCCAUGCUGGUUUUAGAGUCUUUGGAGAAAUCGGAUGCAAAAGUAGCAGACGACCUUUUAGAAAACUUGGCUAAAUUGUUCAGCUUAAUGGAUCCAAAUUCUCCCGAAAGAGUGGCUUUUGUAUCCAGAGCACUAAAAUGGUCUAGUGGGGGAUCGGGAAAACUUGGACACCCAAAACUGCACCAGUUACUAGCAAUUACCCUGUGGAAAGAGCAAAACUAUAGUGAAUCUCGGUAUCACUUCUUGCACUCCACAGAUGGUGAAGGAUGUGCAAAUAUGCUAGUAGAAUACUCCUCAUCCAGGGGAUAUCGCAGCGAGGUCGACAUGUUUGUAGCACAGGCAGUACUACAGUUUCUCUGCUUAAAAAAUAAGACCAGCGCAUCAGUUGUUUUUACGACAUACACACAGAAACAUCCUUCAAUAGAAAAGGGUCCUCCCUUUGUUCAACCACUGCUAAACUUCAUCUGGUUUCUGUUACUGGCAGUUGAUGGAGGAAAACUAACAGUAUUUACAGUAUUGUGUGAACAGUAUCAACCUUCACUGAAGAGAGAUCCCAUGUAUAAUGAGUACCUAGAUAGAAUAGGACAGCUUUUCUUUGGUGUUCCACCCAAGCAGACAUCGUCCUACGGAGGGUUACUAGGAAAUCUUUUAAACAGUCUGAUGGGAACUGGAGAAGAUGAUGACACAGAAGAGGGUCAGGAAGAUAGCAGUCCGAUCGAGCUCGACUGAAUGAUGUUGUCAUUGGGUGCCGUGUAAAUCUGAUGAUUCGAUGACUCCAAAGACAGUUUUGGAAUUUGAAUCCUGCAGUUGUUUCUUGGCGCCUAAAAGGGCUCCUCUGGUCUUUUAGAAAUGGUUGCUGAAAUGUUUAUAAUGUUCGGUCUAUAUUAUUUAUGUAAAAGAAAAAAAAAAGAAACCAACAAAAAGUAGCCAAAUGAACCAAUUGGAGCAAUUGUUAGCAGGUUUCCGAUAACAGCAGCUGGUGACUGAUUAAAAUAUAGUCUUCUACGGUUUCUGAUGCAGUAUUCCCUUUUGCACAGUAAUUCAAUAAAGCAUAAAUAUGGGUCUUGUAUUUCAUGGCCUACCCACUACUGUCUUUGUUAUGAGAAAGCCUCCUUGACCUCUGCCAUCUCCAAGGAAGAUCUCAAAAGGCAGGGUGACCAAUUGAAUAAUUUAUGUGUGAGGCUGGUGCCAAAAGUACUGUGAGAUGAGCCAAGCAGCAUAAUUUGAGAUGCACGUCCAAGAGACAUUGAUACCAAGAACUCGCUUCCACUGCUGUAACAUGCACGCUGUUCCUACUGCCUUUCACUCUCCUUAAGGUCUGGCUCUGGCUGAGCCCAUGCACGUGUUUAACCGAUACUUCCUGAAAGCACAAGAUUGACUUGCCCUCGAGUAAAAGUUGAUCAGCUGAACGUAGGCUUCCAUGUGGAUGUCUCUUGCCUAGGUACAAAAAUUUGGCAUCUAAACGCCUCCUCUGGCUCAUGGCUCCUUUAGAACAGAUUCUUUUUCAGCCUAAAUUCACAACCAUAUGUAAAGGCGAUGGCAUUGUAGAGAAUGAAUUGAUUUGUCACGAGCAAGGUAUGUGUUUGAACUGCAGCUGUAUGUAAAGAAAAGGGAUACUGCAGAGCUUUUGGUUCUUUAUGAUAUAUUUAUUUUUCUUGGGUGAUUGAUUCAUUUAACACUUUCUGUAAGAAAAGAAUAGAUCAAUAAAUAAUGGAGUAAUUUCA